UCUCAGCGAGGAGGCUAUAUUACACAGUCGCCAGAGACACUUGUGAGGAUGGCCGUCGCUGUCACAGCACAUUGUCACUCGGAGGGCAAAGUUCAUCUUCAUCAAUGGAUGUUACACGUUGUCCGACGACUCGAAUGAAGAUGACUCCACUCCCGAACAAGUAGAGUUACUAUUGCCGACACAUUUAGACCACUUUGUGUGCUGAAAGAAGAUGUCCUAUCUGAUGAUGCAGCCCGUCGUCCUUGUCCUCCUUCUGACGCUUGUGGCGAUAUCAUCAUCAUCAUCAUCAUCAUCUCACUGCCGCCACAACGUCACCAUCGACGAGAACAUCUGGAACUGCUCUGACACCUUCACGCUGGACUUCCCAAAGACGGACAGCAUCCCCGAUGGAACGCAGGUGUACGACCUCAGCUACAACCGCAUCCUGGAGCUCCACAUGAUCAACUCCACCUGCAUGUCCGUCCACUCCUGUGACGGCUGCCUCCGGAAACUCUACCUGCACCACAACAGCAUCGACGUGAUUGAUAACGAAGCCUUUCGGAAACUACACUGCCUCCACACUCUGGAUUUGUCCUACAACAAGAUCAGGGGAGAAAGUAUUUCUUCAAUGACAUUUGAUGGCUUGCUGCAGCUUGAGUUUCUCACGUUAAAGGGAAACCCUCUGGUUAAAUUGAUUGAUUUCACACUCCGGUUUAACGAACUGAGAAUGUUAAGGAAGCUUGAUUUGUCAGACUGUCAACUGACAUCAGUUGCGGAACAUGCUUUCGAUGAUAUAUCAAUGCUGGAGGAGAUUGACCUGAGUGGAAAUAGCCUUAAAGUCAUUGACCCUUACUCCUUCGCGGGACUUAGCUUUCUUGACGUCUUGGAUCUAAGCAGGAAUCGAUUUGAAACAAUUCAGAAAGAAAACUUCCAAGCGUUGAUAAAACUACGGGAAUUGUACCUAGACGGAAAUAACUUGGAAAUAUUACCAGAUAAGGCGUUUGGGGGUAUAGAAAAUCUGGAAAUCCUGUCCCUUUCGGAAAACUGGCUAAAAGGGAUACCUUUCCAUACACUGAAAGGCCUACAGUCUCUCACAAUCCUCAACAUGAGUCGUAACCACGUCGUUGAGCUUGAAGCUAGUGGCUGGCCUGAAGACGUCACAUCCAGAGUGACGGAACUGUACUUGGAUAAUAUGUACGGCUUUAACAUCAUCAAACACAAAGCCUUCGUUUCCUUCCCUCUUUUAAGAAAAGUGUCAAUAUGCGGUAACAAACAGCUGGAAGUCAUAGCAUACGACGCCUUCUUAGGAAACACGCAUCAGAUUAAGGAGGUGUAUUUACGCGACAAUAAGCUGGGCUUCGUGGCGAGUGGACUUCUUCCCUGGGACGACCUGGAGGUGAUUGAGCUGGAAGGGAAUCCGUGGAACUGUGACUGUAGGAUCAGGUGGAUGUUGGAGGGCGGACACUUCAAGAACAAAACAAUAAGGUGUGAUGCCCCCGAAAAACUUCGAGGACAGAACUUGAUAGGGUUGUCUCCAGAGGACCUCCGUUGUCCACGAUCUCUCAUAUGGAUCCUCCUGACCUUCGUCCUCGGGAUCGGCCUCCUCCUCGUCGUCCUCAUCUCGCUGGUGGCAUGGAGGUUCCGCCACAAGCUGUUAUGUCGUCGCACCCACGGCCGAUACAUCUCCGUGUACGCCAAGGACGUCCAUGACGACGAUGAGGGAACGGCGACCAUCACCGUUGGGGAAGAUGAACUGCCGCUAAAGGACAGCGAGGUGUAGGAUGCAAGCCUCGAUAGAUGAGAUCUUGCUACGAUCAUCGAAUCAUAUCAGAUUAUCACAGAUGCAAGAAGUCAAGAGUAACCAGUCCGUUUCAUAAAGCGCACGUUACGGCAGCCUACCGUUGAUUUACAGCAUUCGUAGAGCUAAGAUUGCUUUGUGAAACGGGCUCUAGGUCCUUAAUACUUUGUUUUUUAGUCAUCUUGAAAGGACUCUGUUGUUGUAUAGCACUUCCAAUAAGCCCGCAAAGCAAUGUUAGCGCUGUGACGACAAGUCCCAUAUUUUUAACAUUGACUUGCGACUAACGCUAAGAUCGCUUUGUGAAAAGGGGGCCUAAGCAACAACCGAGUGACUAAUUUUAGAAACGAUCUUAGGGCUGCGAUCGUCGUAACUCACAUACAUUAACAUGGACUUAACGAGGGUCUUAGUGCUGAGAUCGUUUCGGAAAUCUGGACCCUGGGCAAAACUCUCAUUUUUAACAUAGACUGACGGCAGUCGUAGUGUUGAAGUCGCUUUGUGAAACCCGUCCAAGGUACUCUAUAUUUCGUGGUUGAACAUGGAAACACAUGGGAGAUUAUCAGUGAUGAAGACCCGUGAAGAUUCGGGUUAGAAUAGGUUUUUAGCAACCCAUGCUUGUCGUAUGAAGCGGCUAACAUGAUGGGGUUGUCAGGCUCGCUGGCUUGGUUGAUGCAUGUCGUCGUAUCACAAUUGCGAAGAUCGAUGCUCAUAAUGUCAAUCACUGGAUUGUCUGGUCCAGACUCAAUUAUUUACAGACCGCCGUCAUAUAGCUGGUAUAUUGCUGAAUGCGGCGUUAAACAACAAUCAACAUCAACUUCAACAUCAUCAUUCAGGAUAUGUACAUUUGUAAAAACAAAUAGCGACCUAGAACAUUACACACGCAUCGUUACAAGAGCUCGACACGCAGAUGUACAGAGUGUUGGCAAAGAAAGGCAUGUAUUUCUAUUUAAUUGUUUAAUUGGUAUAUCACUUUUGUCAAAUUUUAUUCGUUGCAACCAACUAGAACAUGAUACUCAUCUCCGACGGUAGACUUGAUAAGCAGGGUCGCUUGGUUCUACGUGUUUUAUAGUGCACGUUCAAGUGUAUGUACAUAUGCUCAUGCUUUCCAUGUUCUUGAAUAAAACAUUUAUGGACUUA